ACCCUACCACGUCGCGAUCUCGAUACCUGCAACGCGAUCCUAGCUCUUGCGUCUUCGUGCUCCCCAUGUGGUCUGCUGGAGGCCGUUGAUCCAUUACCCGGGCCUUGUUCAGCCCUCGCUGCAAUGGCAUCUCGAUAUCCGCCAUCGCGCUACGACAACGACGCGAGACGGUCAAGAUCCCGAGAUCGCUCGCCAGACAGGCGCUCACUCUAUAGCGACGGCGGACCUCGGCGUUCCUCUGCAGAGUCUCGUCAGAAUAACGCCGCUUUCCAGUCAAACCGCGAUGUCUUCCGUGAUCCACUCCCGCGCGACACGCCACGAGGCCCAAAGGCCCUGAUCGAGCCUCCCAACGGCCCGCGAGGCGGCGGCUAUGCUGGUAGCGACUUCCGCGGUCGGGGUGGCCGUGGCAGAGGCCGAGGUUGGAGGGACGACAGCCGAGAUCGUGGGCGUGACAGGGAUGCCGACUUCAGAGAUCGCAGGGAACCACCCUUCCGGGACGAGCGCAGCCGCGAGCGGGAGCGUCCAGACUGGCGUGAUCGCGACAGAGACGGAGGAGGUUUUAGGGGACGGAGACUGUCUCCGCGCGGUAGAUCACCAGUAGGGAGAGAUUUCCGAGAUGUCAGAGAUCAGCGCGACGCGCGAGAUCCCCCUCCAGGUGUCGAUGCUGACAGGGCGCGCCGCGGAUCGCGCGACGGUCCGCUCUCCGCUGGCUCAUCGUCCUCCGAUCCACCUUUUGGACAGCCAUAUCGUGGUGGUUACGCUGGACGGGGGCGUGGAGGUAGAGGUCGCGGAGAUUGGGACCGUGGCCGUGGACGACCAUUUUAUGAUGACCGCGACCGUUUUGGACCAAAUGGUAGAACGCGCUCCCAGGAAGGCCGCUUCAGAGAUCGGGAUGACAGGGAUCGGGAUAGAGACCGCGAUCCACGCUUCUUCGACGUUGACAACCGCCCCCGCGACCCGCGAGAUCCCAGGGAUGACCGCGACCUCAUCCGCGAUCGAGAAGCGCGCCCAAAACUCGAUCGCACUUCGCAUGAGCCGCCCACGGUCACCAAAGAUGUAUCACCGCCACCUGUGGCCCCUGCUGCUCCUUCGUUCGGCUCUGUGCCUAACAGGACUGCGUCGACCUCCGAGGGCAGUUCGACGGCGGCAAAGGUGCCACCAACUGGGCCUAGGGCCCUGAAAGAGGAACGACCUCCCCCUCAGGGUGGUGCUACGGCAGCCACUGAUGCGAGACAGCCGCCAACUGGGCCUGCAAAAUCGUCCUAUCCAGAUGGAAGCCCUACCAUCCCUUCUGGGCCGCGAGGACUUCGCACACCAGGGCCCUCUAGCAAGCAGUGGGUCAAUCCCACGUUCAAGCCGCGUCCUUCAGACUCACCACAGCAAAGCCGGUCCAACAGCUUUGCCCAACCGCGGCCCAAUGGGCCUCAUACUGAUGCCCUUGGCAUUGAGCACCCUGACACGCAUCAUCGGCCCCAGAGCAGUGAUGCCAAAGCUGGCUCACGACCAUUCCUUGAAGGCAAGUCUGAAGCUGGCGAGGACCUAUUUCCCGCUCGCGGCCGUUCGGUCGAGUCGCCCACAGACCCGGCCUUUUCGUUCCAAGGUCGAAAUGGCAAAGCAGAGGACGACGACACGAGAAUGGAGGACGCUCCACAACCCAGUAUACGCGAGCUAUCGCCUGGAGAAAUUGACCCCGAAGCCCCCGAAGAGCCAAUUGUGCCAGAUGCGAAGAACGCACGAAAGCGUCCAACACUCAAAAUUAGCCAUGUCCACAUCUCGAUGCCACGCAGCCAAGCAAAGGCCGUUGUUGCAGAGCAAUCUGAAUCUUCCGACGACGACGACGAGAACUUUGGGGACGAGCUUGACAACGACAUGGCAGAGGUUGAGACAAAGCUCAAGAAGCUCGAAGGGCUGGAGGAGACCUUGUCAAUACAGCCUGUCGUUCGCCAUGCUAUUCUGUCCAUAGAGGCCAUCAUCAAGGUGCUAGACGACUCGCAUUCUUUGCAGGAUGUGGUUGGCCCUGUCCCCGAAGUUUUGGCCAAUCCCAAGGAGAAGAGCUUGAUCCAGCCUACUGCUGAAAAGAAGGAGACCACGCAUCCUGCCGAACAACAAGACAAAGAAAUGAAAGAUGCGACCGGGGCGGAUAAGAUUGAGCCUAAAGUUUCCGCACCUGCGAACAAUGUCCCUCCGCAGGGUACUGAUACAACAGACAAGGCCGAAGUCAAAGGCUUGCCGGCCAAGAAUGCGCCAAAAGCGCCCGCGAACGACGAAGACACUGUCAUGCAGGACGCGAGCGAAGAUGUGCGCCCUGCCAAGCUUGCGACGCCCAACCAUGAGCGCGCAAGUUCUCUCCUCCUACCGGAGAAAUUGUCAGUGCCCAGCAAUGAGCUGGACUCGGUAUCGCAAGCGGCAAGCAAACAAGGGUCAAGCAUGCACUCUCCUGCGGACGACGACGAUGACGACGAAACAGACAUUGAAGACAUCGAUCUGCAAAGCAUCCAGAUAGUGCGCGAGCACAUGGAGACCCCGCCUAUCGACAGCCUGCCUACCUUUGAUGGGAAACCUUGGUUCGACGAUGCAGCCUUCGUAAAGAGCCUCGAUGCCACGCACCACAGCCUUGACACGUUUAUCCUCAAAGGACUCAAGGAAGAAGCUGCGCGCGUCGCAGCAACCCAGGGCAAACAAAAGGAAGGCUAUGCUGCGAACUACGAGCAGUAUCUUCGAUUCACGCUAUCUGACGACCAGGACGCCGUCAAGAGCCGGAGCAAAUUCAUGUGCGUUGCCGAGGUUCCUGAUCCAGCACCAGUCAAACCGCCGACAGCGCCUGAGCCCAAGACCGAGUCCACAAGACGCAGCCGGUACGCAUCCGAACGCGACCUCGAGCGAGUCUUGGAGGAGUCGAGGAGAGUCGAAGAUGAAAAGCGAGAGCGCCGUUUGCGAGCCGAGAAGGAGAAAUACCGGACUGAGAAGGAGGCCGUCAUCCCACUUCAGUAUCAGACCGAGGAGGAGCGACAGAACGAGUUUUACGUCGACACCAGUGGUUAUAUUCCGCCGGAGAAGAUUGUCACAGCCUGGGAUGUUCUGCCGCCCAGUGUCAACUACACGGAAGAGGAGACGCAAUUGUUCGAGAAGGCCUAUCUUGAGUUCCCUAAGCAGUGGGGUCGCAUUUCUGAGAGGAUUCCCGAGAGAAACUUCGGCACCAAUAUCCAAUUCUACUACCUCAAGAAAGACGAGCUGAAUCUCAAGGACAAGCUGAAGAGACGACCUCGACAGCGCAAGAGGGGUGGUGGCCGAGGAAAGCAAAGGUCCAGCGCACUGGUUUCUGAGCUUGGUAACCGGGAGAACGAGGGCGAAGACAAUGCCGAGACUGGCGAGAACGGCGAACGACGCCGCCCACGACGAGCCGCCGCGCCGACAUUCAAUUCCGAAGCCACACCUGCUACAGACGAAGGCGUCACGCCUGCAGGCACGCCUGGCCGCCGUGGCGGUGGUUCCAGAGCUGAAGGGACUGGCGAUAAACCGGAGAGAAAGCCAAGGGGCCGUCGCGCUGCCAAAGACAAAGAGCCAAAGGCGCCGCGUGGCACUCAGACACUCGCAGCAGCACCGCCGUCCACAAAGGGCAACCGGUCAAGAUCAAGUUCACGUGUACAGAGCACAGACUGGAUGGGACAACAGCCCCAGCCUGAUCUCGGCCGCGGGAUUGGCACAUUUGAGAUACCGCAAACCGCCCCCCCUGUUGUGCCAGUGAUGGCACAGGCGCCUCCCCAAGUGCGACCGCCGCCCAUGAAUACCGAGCCCAGCAUGCCUCAUGUUCCUGGAGUUGUCUUUGAUGGUAUGGCACCACCAUUGCGACCUGAGCCACCUCAGCAGCAGCAGCAGCAACCACCACCACCGCUACAGCAGCAGCAGCAAUUGCAGCAGUUGCAGCAGCCGCCGGUUACAACACUCGAUUUGGGACAGACAACCUCGGCCGACCGGAAACCAGCAGUUCAGGCAUCAAGCUACUGGAGUGUUCCUGAAGCAAACGAUUUCCCACACUUGCUCAGGUCUUUUGGCUCGGACUGGGUUGCGAUUGCAGGGCACAUGAAAACCAAGACAGCUGUGAUGGUAAAAAAUUACUACGCGCGCCAGAAAGGCAAUAACAAGGAGUGGGAGCUGAUUGCCCAAGAGGCCGACGCGAAGAAGGCGCGUGGAGAGCCGCGACCGCAGCCUCCAAUGCCCAGCACGACUGGACCCAAGAAGCGUACCGAGGGACCUGGGAAUCGUCCACUUGCUGCAGCGGAUACGGUCAUGGAAGAUGCGCCUUUGACUAAGGUCGAACACAUCCCGACGGCGCAGUCCAUGACAGGUCGCUUUAAUGUCCCUAUUGCCGCGCAGCCGCAACCUCCACAGCCUCCUUUCGUGCCUGUCACCCAUGGGCAGCCUGUGGCUAGCGUCCACCCUGGACAUUCUGCAGGCUCGCUUGGUCAUGGGCAGCCAGUCGCACAAACCAUGUCGCCACGCGAUAGGCCUCUGCGCCAGCCAUACGGAUUCGAGAGAGAGCGGGAAGGCGGCCUUGUUCAACCACCGGGACGACGUACCCCUCUCGGCCAGAAGCACUCCCCUCACCACAGCGCCCCGAUGCCAGAACCACAUUCUAGGCAUCCACUGCCGCCCACCAUCGAUUCCCCAAUGGAUCGCCAGAGAAUGGAGCCAAAGCCUCCCAAGGAUUCCGGACGCCAACCACUGCGUGUCAAGCAAGAGCCCGACGUCAUGUCACAAGCAGAGGCAUUCGUUGGGGCAAACGGGCGCGUGCCACUUACGAGAGCAGAGCCAUUUUCUCUUGGACGCCAACCUGAAGGACCUCGGACUGUGGCGCCUGCACCACAAGCUCCCUAUGCCGUUCUCCAGCAGCAGCCGAGCCGUGGGCUGUUGGGUGAGAACAUGGCUCCUUCUCCACAACCGCCUCGUCCGAUGUCCGAGCACUCGCGAGCCAUCUCGAGCGCUAGCGCCGGCUCUGAUCCAUAUGGCACUCCUCCAGCAAGGCCGACAGCAACCCCUGCGCCAUCACGUGCCCCUGAGCCACGAAAGACUUCGAGCUUGAUGGCGCUGCUCAAUGAUGAACCUCCAGCACCUCCCAAGCGAGUCACCGAAGUGCCCGCAGCUGCGAGACCGUCACCUACGCCUCCACCUCAGUCGAGGCCGCCACCUCCGCCGGCACCGCCUUCGCAGCUCCGCAGAGACGCAUCUAUGGCUGACUCGCAGGCAUAUUAUGGACGGAACCCGCCGCCGGCGCCCUCUUCGAUGCCAUCACUGAAGCCGUACACCGCCUCACCUCAGUCACAACCGAUUGCUGCGCCAAGACACAUGGCGCCUAUGGACGCCCAGUCUGAACGCGAUUAUUACGGCGGGCGACCCAGCCAAUAUGGCGGAGCAAGUCAACCGCCGCCUGCAGCGUCACCUCCAGCGGCCCAUGCAUACCAGCCUCCUCCCGGCCAGACGCCCUAUGGACAAAGCCCGUAUGGCGGUUAUGGUGGCGCCGGCCAGCAGCCGCCCGCAGGCUCUCCACCGGGACAAUAUUCCGGUAUUUCGGCUGGUCCUCGUGGGCAUGAAGGACCAACUCAUUCUCGUGAGCCUUCUUGGGGCGCACCGCACCAAUCAGCACACUCGAUGCAACAGCAGCAGCAACAUCAAGCACAGCAGCAGCAUCCAAGCUGGGCACAGCAGCCGCCUAAAUCCAGUCAACCACCUCCCGCCCAGUCCGCAUGGGCAGCACAACAUGCCGCGGCAGCACCCAAGCCCCCGCCACCGAGCAGCUCCGUGCCUCCGCAACCGUCGUGGGCAAACACGCCACCGCCACCUCGUGGACAUAACCCUAUGGCCUUGCGCGACGUUAGGGAUGUCUACACGCCAGGUCGCGGCAUGCAGCCACCAAACCAGCCACAAUACACUCCGUCGUCGCGGGCUCCGGAGCCUGCCCCGCCGCAGCCUCCGACCGCAUAUCAGCGGUACUCUAACACUCCCGGACCUGCCAGGGACCCUCGCGAUCUGCCCCCGCAGCGGAGCUACACGCCCAAUCCUUAUGAGAGCAGGGGCUACCCGCCGCCGGGUCAGGACAUGCGCGAUGCGCAGAUCCGCGAGCAACAGGCUCAGCAGCAGCAGCAGCAGCAACAACAACAGCAGCAGCACUCGUCAUUGUUGCAGCAACAGCUUCGUCCGCCCCAGGAUGGUCGGCAUAUCUAUGAGCGUGACCGUUACGGGCGGUGAUGUGGUGGCCACGAGCAUGACUUAUGAGAGUAGUCUGGAAGCGACAUCACGGCUUUAGGAGUUAUGUGGGUCUCAAAACCCCGAUCGAACAGGGAUAAGA